AUGUAUGCUUCGCUGCUCCGCAUUUCCGGCCCACCCCGCCUUCCUGUCCCCCAGGCCAACACAGAGAGAAGGAAAGUGGCUCAUAACGGGGAGCAGUGGCCCGUGGACGCACAUGACCUGCCGUCCCUGCUGCUCUCCGUGCUCAUGCCCCCUUACCCAUGCCCCGCAGAGGAGAGAGUGGGUGCAUGGGGAGAUGGCGGAAAGUUGUGCCUCCUGCCAUUUAACUCUCUCCCGCUUCCUUUCGCUCCCAUGCCUCUUCCCCUGCCUCUUUCCAUUCCACCUCUCCUUCCCUCCUCCUCUCGUUCCAACUCUCUCUCUUCACUGCAAUGGAUAAAGCACGCCAUGCCUUCCCUUCCUAUCCGCUUCCCCACUCUUCACCCCUCUUCUCCCCUCUUCCCCCCUCUUCCCCCCUCUUCCCACCACUCCCUCAGUCCCCCCCUGCCCCCUCCCUCCCCCCCCCUUCACCACCCCCCCCCAACCUCCUCCCUUGUCCAUGCCAGUGUGGGCAGCAACGAGCAGUAUGACUUUGAGCAGGCCAUGGGCGCGGCGCUGCACACCAAGCCAUUCACCUUCGACCCAUUCCUCUCCGCCAACGCCACUGCUCACAUGCUCGCCCUCCCCUUCCUCCACUUCCACCAAAUCGCGAUCGCGGGCGCGGCAAGCUUGGAGGCUUUCCGGGCGAAAAACCCCGGCAUCACCUUCAUGACGCUGCAGGGGGCGAUGGAGAGGCUAGAGCACUCGUAUGUGGAUGUGCUGAAAAUGGACUGCGAGGGGUGUGAGGAGGAGUUUAUCAUGGGUCUGAAGAGGGAGACUGAUGAGUUUCUGGAGAAGAGGAGGGCUGAGGGAGGGGCUUUGACCAAGGAGGAGAAGGCGGGGAAGCGGCGGGGGCGGGGCAAUGCAAAGCUGGUGGUGAAUGGGGGGAACUUGCCAUUCGGACAACUGCUGGUGGAGUUCCACUAG